AUGUCAUGCAGUAACGCCUCAACUGGAACUGAGCCUUCCAAAACGAAGCAAGUGGCCAAGCACUUGUCCUCCACCAUACCAUCGAAGUACCAGGGGGUCGUUAAGAAGAUUGCGAAGCCCGACGCCAUCAAGAUAAACAAGUGGUACACGUGCGGGUUCCUUAUCCUUGGGGUUACCUGGGACACCCUGUCGUCCGCACUGGCGAAGAAGGACAAGCUUAAGGGCGCGGUGAAAAAGACAACCGACGUUGUUGACCUUAAGAACUUGGGGAAGCGGUGGAUGGUGGCGCUCUUCAAGUCACUGACUGGAGAGAGCCUGUCAAAGCUUCAGCAGGAAGACAAGGCUACGUACGACGCUGUCUAUGACGCCUUGAAGACGAAGCUGCAGAACGCGAUGGUCAACCAUCAGUCAGAGAAGAAGAAGUCGGACUUCUUCAAGGCCAUCGGACUGACGACUGCAGACAAGGCUAAGCUCGAGACCGUGGCGACCAUGGACGCCGUCCGUGCGACCGAGCUCAGAACCUGUACCCAUCAGAGAAAAAGCACAACAGGGCACAUCACAUGGUUCAAAGACUGA